UUAUUCCCUUCUUAUAUAAUACAAAAAUAUCAAGAAAAAAUGCAAACAUUGAGUGAAACUAACGACAUAAGCUAUUCUCCUAGCUUCAGUUUUUACAGUUUGACCUCGGCGACCGCCGAUAGAGUCAGUCAUGAGAUCAAACAAGAACAAUAUGAUGAAUUUGAUCAUGAUUUCAACAACUAUGUUGAAGAAGAACAAGAGGACGAUUUUGAGUUCUCUCUAAGGUUCGGGGGAGAAGAGUUUUCUAAAAAGGAGCUAGCUCUAGCUGGCCGAAUACUAUUACCUAUUUUCGACACUGAUCUAGUAACAAAAGACGAGUUAGAUAACCAUGUCGUUAAAGAUCUAGAUCAUAACAAAUAUAACAAUCCUUCUACUGACAUCAUUCCUAUAGAUGAGAUGCUUACACAUGAUACUGAUGAAUCUUUGUACUCUUCAUCGUCAUCAGAAACUGAUGACUUGGAAGAUAAAGUUCGUGGUACGUUUUGUGUGUCGUGGCGUAAACCUGCAGAAAUGAGAUCAUCGCCAAAGUAUAAUCAUAUUAGAAAGAGCAAAUCUACGGGAUCUGAACCUAAAAAUGUAUCAAGAAAGUGGAAAGUUUCGGAUAUUCUAAGAAGGAGCAAUAGUGAUGGAAAGGAGACGUUAUUUUUCUUGUGCCCCAAAAGUGUCGAGGCUUCAAAUAAGAAACGAUUUGCCAAGUCUAGUGAAGGUCCAAAAGUUGCAAAGACGGGGUCAUCUCCUUCGGUUCAUGAACUAUUUUAUGUUCAUAAAAGGGCCGAACAUAAAGGUGACAAAAUGAAAUCGUAUUUACCUUAUAGGAAAGACAUACUAGGGUUUAGAGUGUAUGUUAAUGGGGAUGGGAACAAAAAGUUGCCAUUCUAGCUAAUUUAUCAAAUAGCUAGAACUAUAUCUAUAUGUCUUUGAUCUAAAUAUAUCUAUCUAUUGUUUAUAUUAAGUAUGAAUAUAAUAAAUUCCGUUCAUGUUU